CGGCUCAUUCUCGAUUCAACCGUUUUACCGAUUACAAGCCUGCUGCUCACAAUGCGUUCGCCGACGGUGGUGACGCUUCUUGGUGUGGUGACGUUGCUUGGAUGCAGCACGAUCAUCCUGGCGGACGAGCUAAGCCUGGAUGAUCUGAUCAACCAAGUGUUUACGACCGCUUCGCCGGGCAAGGAAGUACCUCCGCCGACGCCAGCUCCACCGCCAGUACCACCAGCACCACCAGUAGGCCAGAAGGGUGGCCCGUGUGAAGGUGAAGCCGUCUGCAUCCAGAAGUAUCUUUGCUCGAACGCCAGCACUUCGGGCGAAGGAUUAAUCGAUAUUCGCUUCUCGGAUGAUAAUCCGUGUGUGGACUAUCUGUUGCAGUGCUGCUACCCGGAAGACAUUAUUCAAGCACCGGGCGGUAACGAUGGUGGCCAUGGAGGUGAUGGUGGCCAUGGAGGCGGUGGUGGUACCGGUCCCCCGGUAGUUACCCCACCCACCACGGUGGUACACACUGCCGGAUGCGGAAAACGUAACACCGAGGGUAUCGGCUUCCGGAUUACCGGUGCCAAGGAUAGUGAAUCCGAGUACGGUGAGUUCCCGUGGAUGAUGGCCAUCUUGAAGACGGAAGAGGUGCUGGGACAGCGGCGCGAGAACGUGUACCAGUGCGGUGGCUCACUGAUCCACAACCAGGUCGUCCUGACUGCGGCGCACUGCAUCAACAACAAGCAAGCGUCGGAGCUGAAGGUGCGAGCUGGCGAGUGGGACACGCAGACCAAAAACGAAAUCUAUCCGCACCAGGACCGGUCGGUGGUGGAGGUGGUCGUUCAUCCCGAGUACUACAAGGGAGGACUGCACAACGAUGUGGCGCUGCUGUUCCUCGAUUCUCCGUUCCAGCCAAAUGAGGGCAUUCAACCGGUGUGCCUGCCACCGCAGGAUGCCAAGUUCGAUCAUCAGACGUGUUUCGCUUCGGGCUGGGGCAAGGAUGUGUUCGGUAAGGCCGGUACGUACCAGGUUAUCUUGAAGAAGAUCGAUCUACCGGUCGUACCGAACGAUCAGUGCCAGUCGGCGCUCCGUACGACUCGGCUCGGUGCCAAGUUUACGCUGCACAAGAGCUUCAUCUGCGCCGGUGGUGUACCGGGCAAGGAUACGUGCAAGGGUGACGGUGGCUCGCCGCUCGUUUGCCCGAUCCCUAACAAACAGCAUCAGUACUACCAGACCGGUGUCGUCGCGUGGGGUAUCGGAUGUGGUGAGAAUGGCAUCCCGGGUGUUUACGGCAAUGUAGCCAAGUUCCGCGACUGGAUCGAUCAGCACAUGAUCCAGCGUAACUUCGGUACCAACAGCUACACCGCAUAGGAAGGCACCGUCUUCGUUUGCUCUCCCGUUAAAUGAUUCUUUCUAUGAGAAAUACAUUAGUCCACUCUUCAAACAACA